AUGCUACCUGCUUACAACUUCAAGAAGCUCCCAGAGAAGAUGAUGAAAAACAUCUCCAACCCAGGGAACAUGUAUGAAUAUCUUGGCCAUACAAGAUACCGAGAGAAAGAACUGGAAGCCUUCCGAAUGGCACAGCAGGAGUGUUUGCACCAGAAGCAGGGGCAGGCAGUUCUGUAUGAAGGUGGAAAAGGCUAUGGAAAAAGCCAGCUGUUGGCGGAAAUAAACUUCCUGGCCCAGAAGGAAGGACACAGGGUGUUGCCAUUGAAGCUGAAGGAAGCCAAUUCCAAGCAGCGUUUCUAUGCCAUCCAGACUCUCAUGGCCAUUUUCUUUGAGAUUGAUACAUGCCCAUCUUACUACCGGCAACAAACAGAGGAAGAGUUCCUGGAUCGAGUGAACAGGAUGCUGGCUCAGACCAGCCCUGAGAAAGACAUGUUGACCACAAAGUCCUGUCACUGUGAGGAAAUUCUGAAGCUAGUGCUCUCACCCCUCACCCUGCACUGCUUGGUCAUUGGAGAAACCAGUUGUGCAUUUUAUUACCUGCUGGAGGCUGCGGCUGCCUCCUUGGACCUGGCAGAUAAUUAUAUGGUCUGUUUCAACAUGGGACAGAUCACCUUGGCCAAAAAAUUGGCUAGGCAAGCCCUUCGACUGCUGAAAAGGAAUUUCCCUUGGACUUGGUUUGGUGUCCUUUUCCAAACAUUCCUGGAAAAAUGUUGGCAUUCCUGUUUCCUGAGCAAACCUACAAACAACCCUAGUGAGAAAUUGUCUGUACCUAUGUGGACCUCUCCCAGUACGCACAAAACAUAGGUGACAAGGAAAAGUGGCUGCACUCUGAGAAGAUGGCCAUUCAGAAAAGCAGCAUAUGUUGGUUCUCCAGGGAGGAAUUGUUGGCCACAGCACGGCUCAUGCAGGCCUUGGCCUAUACCAAACUCUGCCUUGGCCAUCUCGACUUUUCCAUCAGCCUGGGUAAGGUGGUUGGAGCUGGUGGGUAGGACUUUUAGAGAGUCCAGGCUCACAGCUAGCGCUCACACAAUGCUCUUAAUCCUUCUUAGGUUUUCAAGCCUAUGA